CAAAUUGCUAACUGUAACCAUAUUUUCAUAAUAAAAAAAAAAAAAAAGAGUACCGAAUUAAAAACAAUGGCGGAAUUGGCAAGUGCACGUGUUAAAGAGGCUAUAAACUCAAUGCUUGAAGAAAUUGAUAGGUCAUGUAUGAGAAAUAUGCAGGGAAAUAUGCACAAAUGUGCUGCCAAAUGCUGUGAUAACUCUUCUUCAUCAAUGCAAGAAGUUCAUCAAUGUAUUGAAUCUUGUAGUUCUACAUUGACUGAAGCUCAAACAUUUCUUCAAAAUGAAUUGACAAAUUACCAGGAUCGUAUCCAACGAUGUGUUAUGCAAUGUCAAGAUGAAAUCAGAGAUAAAAUUACACCAUCUACAACAGAAGCUGAACUUAGUGGCUUUAAAAAGAACUUUGAAACAUGUGUUGUUAAGUGUGCUGACACACAUAUAAAUUUAAUUCCAUCCCUAACAAAGCGGAUUAUAGAUGUUUUACUAUCUAAAAUGCAAUCUAAAACAGUAGUUUAGAAAAUGUGUAGCUUAGAUCAACCAAUUUAUUUAGUCACUAGGCAAUUUUUUGUAUUAGUUUAAAAAAUAAAUUUUUUAUUUAGUCUAAUGUA